AUGAUGGGCCCGGCAUCGAGGAGCGACCGACAAGAUGUUGUGCAGCCACCUCUCGAGACCCCUAGAUCUAUCAUCCUAGACGAGAAUGGCAUGUCCGCUCUUCAUUGGGCGGCUAGCGUAGGAAACGUCGAGAGAGUAGUAGAAGUCAUGAGAAACCACCCCACUUCUGGAUGUUGGAAGGAUUGGCUAGGGAGAACUCUCAUACAUUGCGCGGUGGAGAAUAAUCAAGGAUCUGUUCUGGAAAACGUUGUCGGAGAAUUCGACAUUGAUGUCAAUCUCAGCGAUGAUUUUGGUCGAACGCCAUUGCACUGGGCUGCAGAGAAAGGCAACCAGGAAAUUAUGCAGUUCCUACUCCACAGUGGUGCCUACAUUGAUGCUCAGGAUUUGGCGGGCCAAACGGCCUUGUCUCGAGCAGCGUGGCGGGGAUCGCAGGGAUGCGUGUCACUGCUUUUACACGAGAAAGCCACGUCUGAUAUUUCAGAUCAGAAUGGACAAGUGCCUCUGCACCUAGCAGCUUCUAAUGGGAAGACUCAGGUAAUUAGUUCUCUAUGCGACAAACAGAGUCUUACAGCAAUUAAUUGGGAUCGCAAGACGGGUCUUCACCUGGCGGCCAACUAUGGCCAUGCAGACGCGGCGAAGAUUAUAAUGGAGAAACUGGUUUUGACAAAUUCUAAUGGGGAUAUCAUCUUUCGCACCUUAGAGCAAACCAAUGGAUGGCAAAGCGACUUUGCUGACAUCGGUCGCGACGCUGACCUGUUGGUCUGGGCAGCUCUGAACGGAAUUGCGAGCAUGUCCAAUCGCCUCAUUAAGAGUGGCGUGGAUGUUGAAUCCUAUUCUUCAAUCUGUAGUAUGACUGGGAUCCAAGCCGCAGCAGGCGCCGGUCACAUCGAGAUUGUGGAACUAUUUCUUAAAGAAAAGGCCAACGUCAACGCUGAAGCCUUGAAUGAAGGCCGUACAGCCCUCCAAGCCGCAGCAGGCGCCGGUCACAUCGAAAUUGUGGAACUGCUUAUUAAAGAAAAGGCCAACGUCAACGCUGAAGCCUUGAAUGAAGGCCGCACAGCCCUUCAAGCCGCAGCAGGCGCCGGCCAUAUCGAGAUUGUGGAACUGCUUAUUAAAGAAAAGGCCAACGUCAACGCUGGACCUGCCUUGAAUGAAGGCUGCACAGCCCUCCAAGCCGCAGCAGGCGCCGGUCAUAUCGAGAUUGUGAAACUGCUUAUUAAAGAAAAGGCCAUCGUCGACGAUGAACCUACCGUGAAUGAAGGCCGCACAGCCCUCCAAGCCGCAGCAGACGCCGGUCACAUCGAAAUUGUGAAACUGCUUCUAAGAGAAAAGGCCGACGUCAACGUUGAACCUGCCUUGAAUGGAGGUCGCACAGCCCUCCAAGCCGCAGCAGGCGCCGGUCAUAUCGAGAUUGUGAAAUUGCUUAUUAAAGAAAAGGCCAACGUCAACGCUGGACCUGCCGAGUUUUACGGCUGCACAGCCCUUCAAGCCGCAGCAGGCGCCGGUCAUAUCGAGAUUGUGAAACUGCUUAUUAAAGAAAAUGCCAUCGUCGACGAUAAUGCUGUCCAGUUUAACGGCCGCACAGCACUCCAAGCCGCAGCAGGCGCCGGUCACAUCGAAAUUGUGAAACUGCUUCUAAGAGAAGAGGCCGACGUCAACGCUGAACCUGCCUUGAAUGGAGGCCGCACAGCCCUCCAAGCCGCAGCAGGCGCUGGUCAUAUCGAGAUUGUGGAACUGCUUAUUAAAGAAAAGGCCAACGUCGACGCUGGGGAAUCUGGUAGCACAGCCCUUCAAGCCGCAGCAGGCGCUGGUCAUAUCGAGAUUGUGAAACUGCUUAUUAAAGAAAAGGCCAACGUCAACGCUCAGCCUACUAGGGAAUCCGGCCGCACAGCCCUCCAAGCUGCAGCAGGCGCCGGUCAUAUCGAGAUUGUGAAACUGCUUAUUAAAGAAAAUGCCAUCGUCGACGAUAAACCUGUCCAGUUUAACGGCCGCACAGCUCUCCAAGCCGCAGAAGACGCCGGUCAUACCGAAAUAGUCAAUCUUCUUACUGCGCAUCUCUCCAAGCUUUAA